AUGAAACUCAAUAUUGGCACCUGUAUUUUAGUCUAUUUAAUAGGAGGAUGUUUAGCGUCGGGAGAGGAUAUAGCUCUUGACGCGAAAGCUACUCUUUUACAUCGUAUAGACAGUUUAAAUCUUCUCAUCUAUACCAGUCUUCUAACAUUGACAGUGCUUACAAUUUGGGUUUUCAAGCACCGCCGUGUGAGCUGGCUCAACGAAACUGGCCUUGCUGUUAUUUAUGGUCUGAUAGUCGGUGCAAUUAUUCGAUAUGGUGCCAGCACAAAUCAAGUUACAUAUAUUGAUGCAUUUCCUGCUGCAGAUACUACUUAUAAUUUGUCCGUACCUCCAGACAUGUUACGUUUCCAUUUUCCUAAUAAAAUGCACAUAUCUCCUGAAGGUAUAACAGUGCCAAAUAAAACAUAUGCUUAUAGCUUCAGAGGUGAAAUAGUAAAUAUGGAGCAAAAUGAAAUAGAUUUAAAAGCCACAUUUGACCCUGAGAUAUUUUUCAAUAUCAUUUUGCCGCCUAUUAUAUUUCAUGCUGGAUACUGUUUAAAAAGGAAAUACUUUUUUCGAAACUUGGGUGCAAUUUUGACAUUCGCUAUGGUGGGCACGGCGUUGUCUGCUCUAGUCAUCGGCUCGCUAAUGUACGGAUGCGUGCAACUUAUGCCGGCAUCGCUUGCAGCGAGCUUUACGUUCCUAGACACGCUAUAUUUUGGUGCAUUAAUCUCUCCCACCGAUCCACUAACUGUUCUCGCUAUAUUUUCACAGCUUAAGGUGGAUGUUAACUUGUAUGCAAUGAUCUUUGGGGAGAGUGUUCUUAAUGAUGCUGUGGCUCUAGUUCUAAGUGGAGCUAUACAGAAUUAUGAGAAGAGAUAUUCAAAUGAUGGAGGUUUUGAAAUAACCGCGUUCCUUGGAGCUAUCGGAGAUUUUAUAGGGAUCUUCAGUCUUUCUCUACUCGUUGGUGCAUUUAUGGGAUGCUUGACAGCACUAAUAUCCUUUUUUAUAUAUUUACCAGAAACGUGUUUAUAA